UGUCCAUCUGGCUUGAUGAUAAACACACAGCUGCUCAACAUUAGCCUGAUGCGCAGCAAAGCUUUCAUCAUUUUCUUCCUUUUUUUUUUUUUGUUUUGCAACAAACCAACAAUUUAAAACCUUUUUUAACAGAAGCGGAGUUCCACGGAGUGAGGAGAAACACAUGGACUAAAUGAUCAGGAGUGUUUUAGCACUAAUGCAGAUGGAAAUGAUGGAAGCCUAACAGUAAGAUUUAGGAGGACUUCUGUGCCAGGGUUUCUGUAACUGUGGUGUAAAUCAUCUGGAUUCCUGGUCUUUGCCAGAGCUCAUGAGGACCGCACUCUGUGCUGCUGUUUAUAUGUGAAUGACACCAUCCAGCCGGUCCCAGCCAAGCAGAACCCUCAGAGACAGGUUGCAGUCCUUGAGAAGGAUGCCUUCCCUGCACCAUGGAGCAAUCUUCAUCGGAGCCUUCCUCAUUGUGACCGGAGGCUCCACAGCCUUCCUGGCCUCCUACCAAAGCCGCCUGCAAGCUUUCUCCCUCUGCUGUGUUGUGCUGGGGGUGGUGAUGCUCAUCCUGGGACUAUUCUGGGCCAUGAACAGCAAAAAUGUAGGCAACUACAACCACCGGGAUUUCGACCCAGACUGUCCCCAUUACCCAUACAACGACUACUCCAACUACCCCAGCCACGGUCUCUUCUCUCCUCAGCUGUCUCGAUUUCCUGAGUCCCAGUCAGUCUUCCUGCCCAGGACGAUGGAGUGCCACAGAAAUGCAGCCCGCGGUGCAGAUCUUGACUAUCCACCCAUGGACUCUGGCGGGUUAAGCCCUGCACCUCGACCUCCACCAUGGCUGGAACCCCCACCACCAUAUGAAGUUGCCAUCAAGACCACCUGUAGCUCUACACACCUGCGGCGUGCAUAUUCAGACACGCACCUGGCAACAGAGCCCUUGUUUGGACAGUCCAGAGAGAUUAGCUUUGAGGUGUGACACCUCCUUUACUCUGUCUGUCACACCAGAGGAUAAGUAGGCUACAUUUCUGUUAGCUCAUUAAUGAAGAAUUCAUUUGAAACCUACUUCUUCCUGGUUUACGGCAUGUUUUUUUUUUCCUAAUUUAAGAUUUUAAACCUGAUAAAGAUAGUUGGAGGGUUAUCGAAGCAAAGAAGCCUUGCAAGCUAACAUUUUAAAACCUAAAAACCCUUGUCUAAUGCUAACAAAUACUGAACAAACUUUAAAACCACACUUAGUGGUACAAUAUUGUUUUUAGGAGGAUUUAAUAACUGAAUUUUCAUCAUUAUACAUCGAGGUUUUUACAGAUCCAUCCAUCCAUUUUCCAUCACGCUUCUCUCUGCUGGGGUUGCAAGGACUAUUUAGAGAAACCAAUUAAC